GUUACAGUGGAUUUGGAUGUUUUGGUUCGUAGUGAUUUUUUGUUGUAUUUGAAAAAGGAAACGGAAGAACGAAAUGCUACGAUUAUCAAUCUUAUCGUGGGGGAAAAUGUUGGUUAUCGUUGUUUUCGAGCGUUUUUAGCCAUUUAUGUGAUUUUCUCACAACUGUAUCGCAUUCCUUUUAAAUCAUCCAUUGAAGGACUUGGAGAUUGGCCAACCCACGUUGCUCAUAUAAAACGUGGAACAAUCGUUGCAUUUCACGAUUUCUAUAAUAACUUUCCUGAACUUGACAAAAUGAUUGUCAAAUCACUUGAGUUACGCACAACCAAUGAAGAAGAUACUCAAUCAUCGUUGUCAAAAUCCGCCGUCAAUAAAACGUCUCAUACACGCAGAAAUAUGGAUUCUCCUCUAUUAAAGUUGGUUGAACAGUGGUUGAGGCAAGAUUUCAUAGAGUUACGACAACUCAAGCUUGAAGAAAAGAAGAAAAAUCUGACACAACAGGAUAAAGUCUUGUUAGGUGAGGAUUUACCCAGAACGAGGUGGCAUGAGUUAUCAGAUAAUAUGAAAACGUAUGGUGACAAAUACUAUAAUUACUGGAAAUGA